AUGGACGCACCCUUGGAGCAGCACUUCUGCCGCCACCCCGACGACUUCUUCGCGCGCUCCAUCGAGGCGAGGCUGCCGGACACGUCCAACGAACUUCUUCUGAAGGGCCACGUCCUCUGCGCCGCAGCGGAGCUGUCGCCCUUGUCGGAAGCCGAUGCCCGCAGGACAGCGACUCAACGUUCUUUCGAGUGGCCCGGCUCUGAUUUUUUGCUCGUGGACAUUGUGUGGGCCGUCAUCAGCGUGCAUUCCUCAUGUGCUCGCAGUAGCCAGCGCCAGAGCUUGGUGCAGAGCAUCCUGGAAGCGGCGCGCCUGUCCCUGGACCCGGCGCCAGGAGCCGUGGACAAGACGGCCGUCUGGGGGCUUUACUGCAUGUAUGCCAUCGUGGGCCUCAUCUACGGCUUCGUCUCGAACUACAUCAACAUCCCCAUCUGCCAAUACGUGUUCGGCCCGCUUGGGGCCGCCGGCCGUGCUUCGGUGCAGCAAUGCAACAUUUCGGUAUCGCUGACGCAGAUGCCGUGGAACUUCAAGAUCUUCUACGGCCUUCUGCUGGACCAGCUGGGUUUCUGCGGGACAAGGCGGCGCGGUUGGAUCAUCUUCGGCUGGACCAGUUCACUGAUCAUCUUGGCUUGCAUGUCGAUCCUGGCGCAGAAUCUGGCGGACGACGGUAAUUUCGCCGUCUACAUGAUGCUACUCGUGGUCAUGUGCUUCUUCUACAUCUUCUCCGAUGUGGCCGGGGACGGCAUGACUAUCGAGCUGAGCAAGCUGGAACCGCCAGAGACGCGGGGCUACAUCCUCACCACCGGCCAGAUGGUCCGUUUUGCGACGACAACGCUGACGAACGUGCUGGGCAUCCUUGCCAUGAACGGCAAGUACUACUACCCUCCCCACCGCGAGGGCGAUUCCAACGACACGAUCUUCUCGUUCGAGCUCUCGUUUUGGGAGGUCCACCUGGUCUUGGUUUGCAUGGCGCUGCCCUUCUGGGGCUUCAUGGUCUACCUCCUACAGGAUCCGCCGCAGCAAGUAGUUCUGAUGCAUAGUCCACAAGACGUUCUCAAAGAGAUGUGGAAGGUCAUGAAGACAAAAGUGAUGUUUUACCUCAUCGUUUUUGCGCUGGGCAACAUGGCCAUUGCCAGCAUGCUCAACCCGGCUCAGAACAUCAUUGCAUUUAUUGCAGCGCCAUCGACGCUGCAGAAUUCGGUCGGCACCUUUGCCGGGAACGCGAUGUUCCUGAUAGGUGUCUUCCUCUUCCGGCGCUAUUUCAUGACGCGUAACUGGCGCAUGACAUUUGUGUGGACGGCCAUGAUACUCGCCUUGAACAAUGGCUUUCAGCUGAUGGUCAUCUACAACGCAUGGGGAAUCGGUCAAGAUGGCUGGUUCUACGCGUUCGGCAGCAACAUCUUGAUGGUGAUCCAGGGGAUUGCACAGGUGUUGUCCAGCCUGGCUGUAGUGGAAAUCUCGCCCGCCGGCUAUGAGGCCUCCGUGUAUGAGUUCCUGACGUCCAUCCACAAUGCCGGGAUCACCUUGAAUUCGAACCUGCAGAACUUGUUUGUUCCAAUCUUCCAUUUGAACGGCAUCGCCGAAGCUUACUUCCCGACGCCCCGAGAUCCCAACCCACCCCAAAGUGAGUUUAACGCCGACAUGGCCCGGGCGACGUACUUCACGAUGGCCGUGAACCUCGCGGGCGCCCUUAUAUUUUGUUGGUUCCUUCCAAAGCAGAAGGAGCAAUGCAAGGAGUGGGCUGAGGAUUCCGUUUGGAGGCGGCCCUUUGUGGGCUCCGUGAACGUGAUUCUGGGAGGUGGAGUCCUCCUUUUCUCGAUCGUGGUGUCGCUCCUCAGCGCGUUCCCCGAGACGAAUUGUCUGAAGAUCGCAGGCGGCUCAGGUUGUUGA